UUCACCUCGAGUUCCUCCACAUUACCUUCUCAAUAGAGGAAAAAAUGGAUAGAAAAGGCAUCUAUCUUGGUCUUGUCGUCCUCUUGAUAGUCUUUCCGAUUUCGUAUGCACAAACAAGAGCUAAAAUGGUGACUGUUUUGAGCAUCGACGGAGGAGGCAUCAGAGGCAUUAUUCCGGCCACAAUACUAGCCCAUCUCGAAUCCAAACUCCAGGAGUUAGAUGGUCCGAAUGCAAGAAUUGUUGAUUACAUGGACGUGAUCGCCGGAACAAGCACCGGGGGGCUUAUCGCAACCAUGCUAACGGCCCCAGGACCCGACAACCGGCCUUUGUACGCUGCGACAAACAUCACUAACUUCUACUUGGAGCAAUGCCCCAAAAUCUUCCCUGAAAAAAGCCGGAGAGGCUUUGUCGGGAGGCUGACGAAUCUAUUCGGCGGCCCCAAAUACGACGGCAAGUAUCUGAAAGGGUUGGUCCAAGCAUUGCUAGGGAACCUCACUAUAAGCCACACAUUGACGAAUCUUGUGAUUCCUACCUUCAACAUCAAACGCCUCCAGCCAGUUAUUUUCACCACAAAUGAUGGUAAAGAAAAUGUUUAUAAAAAUGCUCUAUUAUCCGAUGUGUGCCUUGGCACCUCCGCGGCUCCAACUUAUCUCCCACCUCACUAUUUCGAAACUAAAGAUGCCGGCGGGCAAACACACACCUUUGACCUCGUGGACGGAGGCGUGGCAGCAAACAAUCCCACACUAUUAGCCAUAACACAAGUCUCUAAAGAAAUAUUGAUGGGAAGAUUCAAACUAGCAGACAUGCAGCCCAUGGACAGUACCAAAAUGUUGGUGCUGUCCCUAGGCACGGGCCUCGGUCGAGUUCAAGAGAAGUACAAUGCAAAGGAUGCGGCCAGAUGGGGCCUGCUCCGUUGGGUAUACAACGAUGGUGCCUCGCCAUUGCUUACUAUUUUUGGAGAUGCUAGCUCAGAUAUGGUUGACAUCCAUGUCUCCACCGUUUUCCAAUCAAUAAGCAACGAACAAAACUACCUGCGAAUUCAGGAGGAUGGCUUGGUGGGGGAUGCGUCUUCACUGGAUGUUGCAACCGAGAAGAAUUUGCAAGCGCUUGUGCAAAUCGGUGCGGAUCUGCUGAGGAAGCCGAUUUCGAGGGUGGAUCUCGAGACGGGCAGGCCGGUCCCGGUUCAAGGAGAGGGUACUAAUGGAGAUGCAUUGGGUCGAUUUGCCAAGUUGCUAUCCGAUGAGAACAAGUUUCGCCAUUCCAAUUAGUUAAACAAUAGUAAUUUCCAAUAUAAUAGACCUUUACUACUUUAUUAUAUACUCCAUUUUUUUUUUCUUUUUCGGCUAAUAAAAUACUACUAGGUUAAUUGAAUAUGUAUACUUAAUUCUAGUUUCUGUUAUGGUUCGCAAUGGGUGAUUCGUGAUUUCAUUUAUUA